UUCUGCGUCAACAUACCACAGCGGAAGUGAAAGCCUUAUAAUAGCGGCUAAAUAAGCAUGUUCGAUAUUUUAGUAUUUCACAUUGUAAAUAUUUUCUGUUAAAAAGAUGAAUGUUUUUAUCUGCGUCGUAUUGUUUCUUGUAAGUGCCGCAGCUGCUAACAAAAGCGGGGAUGAUGACUGGGUGCAUCUGCCAAAUAAAUGUGAAGUGUGCAAAUUUCUUAGUGUUGAAAUGAAGUCUGCAUUUGAAGAGACUGGCAAAACAAAAGAAGUGAUUGAAACCAACUAUCGCUUCCUGGAUGAUAAAGGUGCACCGCCAAUCAAAUAUGUCAAAUCUGAUAUCCGUUUCAUAGAGGUGAUGGAGAAUGUUUGCUCAAGGAUUAUGCAGUACAAUCUACACAAAGAGAGAGAUGGAAGUAAUCGCUUUGCAAAGGGGAUGUCUGAGACAUUCUCAACCUUACAUAACCUGGUUAAUAAAGGCGUGAAGGUGGUCAUGGACAUUCCUUAUGAACUGUGGAAUGAGACCAGUGCUGAAGUGGCAGAUCUCAAAAAGCAGUGUGAUGUGAUGUUAGAGCAGUAUGAAGAAGUCAUUGAAGACUGGUAUAAAGGCAGCCAGGAGGAAGAUCUCACCACUUACCUGUGUGAAAAACACGUGCUGAAAGGACAAGACACUGGCUGUCUUAAAGAGAACUGGGCUGGGAAAAAGGGAGACAUGGCAGCUAUCGCAGAGGACAAGAAGAAAAAGAAGGGCAAAAAGAAGAAAGGUAAAGACACUGAGGAUGGGCAGAAAAAAGAGAAGGUGAAGAAGAAGAAGAAGAAGAAAAAGUCCAAGCUGACUGAGACUGAGACCAGCAAGCGGAAAACUGAAGAAGCUGGAUACACCUCUGAUGAGGAGAUCCAGAAGAAACUUCCUCUUAAUCAGGAUAAAACUGAACUCUGAUAGAUUUCUUUACUUUUUUUUUCUCUCUGACAUUUGUCUCACUGAUAUCUACAUUAAUGACUGAUAUUGAGAUGUACGUGGAGUUUUUGUUAGAAGAAGGUAAUAUUGAGGUCCUCAUUCUAGAUCACUUGUUACAUUAACUCCAUCCAGGAAGAAGCUAAAAUCAAAUGCCAUUACAAAUCCAGAAAUGGAAGCUAAACCAAUCAAACUCUGCUGUAGCUUGUGUUUGUUCUCACGCUGGUUUCAUAUCAGUUACAUUAUAUACAAGCUAAAAUCUUUUUUCAGGGAAAUGUCUGCCUUUUGAAGACUCUAGUGUUUUGAAUCAAUCAAGUUGGCAAUUGUUGGAAUGGAUUCUGGAAAUCCUUGUGGUUCUCAUUUCUUUUAUUCUUGACUCAUCUCACUGAGUCCAACACAAUAACCCCACCACCUCCCAAAUUUGAGUUUAGUUUAUGAAUUUAGUCAUGAAGUUUUCUUAUGCCUACUGUUUCUUUUAAUUGCCAUUGAUUUCACAGGAAAAGAUCCUUCAUAGAUUCCAAGUAAGGAAAUACAUAAUUGGAGCUUUUUCUGUAUUAAUAUUAUUAGGUUUUACAAAUCUUAAUCUAUCUUUUUCUGUGUUGGAAAAUAUUUUUUGGUUAACUUUUAUGUGAUGCAACAAAUGCAUACAUUUUUUUUUGAACUUGGCAUCUCAUAAAGUCUCUAAAUGUCCCACAUUUCUCAUUUCAGUUAUGCAGAUAAUGGGAGAAAACCCUGAGAAAAUACCUGGGACCUUUUCUUUCUUUCUGUUAUCCAAUUAAGUGUGUGCCAUUUUUGCUUGAUCUGUUCAUAUUAGAUUUUUGCAUUUGCUGUGUGUAUGUAUGUGAUGUCACGGAAUGUUUAAGUUACAGUUUUAUUUAAUAUUUUACUCAGAAGUAUUGUUUACUUAAUCUGUUUAUCUGAUAUCAGCCAUCACUAUUUCCAGAGAUGUGUGUGUGAGAGUGAGUGAGUGUGUAUGGGUGCAUGCGUGUGUGUGUGUGUGUGUGUGUGUGUGUGUGUAAGAGAGAGAGAG